AUGUUUCGAUUUGGGUUGGCUGUUAUUUGUUUUAUCGGUGGAGGUUUAGCGUAUGAUGGAUGGGAUGGGAUUCAGGCAGUGAGCGCGGAUGGUUUCAAAUGCUUGGCUAACAACGGAUAUUCAUUUUUCGUUGCUCGCGUCUGGCAUUCGUAUGGAGGUUUUGAUGAAACCGGCAUUCAAAACAUUAAGAACGCUAGAGCUGCCGGCUGGAAAGACGUUGAUGGUUAUAUCUUUCCAUGUGUACGAUCAACUUGUGAUGAUGCGGGUACACAGGUGCGAAACGUUGUCAAUCAACUCAACGCAGAGGGAGCUCAGUUCGGAAUGCUUUGGCUGGAUAUUGAAAUUUGGGAGUGGGGAACCGAUAUGACUUGGAAUCAGAACUUCAUUACAGCUCUUGGAAAUGAAUUGGAUGCUUUAAAGAUAAACUGGGGAAUCUACACAAGUCGCAACAAUUGGCAAUCGAUCGUUGGAGUUGACUGGUCGGUUUGGUCGAGUAAACCACUCUGGUGGGCAACCUAUGAUGGAAAGAAGGAUUACUCGGAUUUCAAGGCUUUCGGUGGUUGGAACAAAGUCGCCAUUCAUCAAUGGGCUGGAUCAGUGAAUGGACCCUGUGGGGUGAACAUGGAUCUCAACUACUAUCCA